AUGGCGCCUGCAGGAGACAGUCUCGCCGAGCCCAUAACUGUGGCCGGUCUCCGAGCUGAGGUCCUUGACGAGAAGCGAGCUUCUAUCUCUGCCGAGAAGAGAGCCUCUAUCGUCACCGACCCUCGUCCAGCCACUGCAGAUGCGGGAGCUGUUGCCCCCGCUGGUAGUGUCACACCAGAUGGCCAGUUUCCGACUGCUGAGGAAUUAGGCACUUUGCGCCGAGUCCCAAACAAGAUUCCCAUGAAGCUGUUCAGUAUUGCUUUUGUGGAGUUGUGCGAGCGCUUCUCUUAUUAUGGUUGUACCGUUGUUUUCACCAAUUUCAUUCAGCAUAAGCUCCCCGAUGGCUCUACCACUGGAGCUGACCCAAAACAGCCUGGUGCUCUCGAUAUGGGACAGCGCGCCUCGACCGGAAUCACCACCUUCAACCAGUUCUGGCAAUACUUUAUGCCCCUUCUCGGUGCCUAUAUUGCUGACCAGUAUUGGGGCCGUUAUAAAACCAUCAGCUGGGCUCUCGGAAUUGACAUCAUUGGGCACAUUAUAUUGAUAAUGUCCGCAAUCCCCCCUGUCAUUUCUAACCAAGGUGGCGCCCUAGGCGCCAUGAUCAUUGCUAUCAUUGUCAUCGGUUUCGGUACUGGCGGUUUCAAACCUAACGUCAAUCCUCUUAUUGUUGAGCAGCUUGGCGAGCAGUAUAUGCAUGUGAAGACUCUCAAGUCAGGGGAGCGUGUCAUUGUCGACCCUGCUGUGACAAUCGAAAGGGUGUAUCUCUGGUUUUAUUUCUGUAUAAACGUAGGGGCUUUGGUAGGCCAGGUGACUAUGGUAUUUGCGGAGAAGGAAAUAGGUUUCUGGCUAUCUUAUACACUGCCAACGUUCAUGCUCUGUCUGUGUCCGCUUGUAAUGUGGUUGAACCGCAACAAGUAUGAGCGAAGGCCUCCUGGCGGCUCUGUCCUGGGACAGGCACUUAAGACUUGGUUUCUCGCCCAGAAGGGUUGCUGGAGCAUCAAUCCAGUUGCUACAUGGAGAAAUCUUCAUAGAGAUGACUUUUGGGAGAAAGUUAAGCCCUCAAACUUCAGCCAUGAGACCCGUCCCAAGUGGAUGACUUUUGACGACGCCUGGGUCGAUGAGCUCAGCCGAGGAUUCAACGCUUGCGCUGUAUUCUGCUGGUAUCCCAUCUUCUGGCUUUGCUACAAUCAGAUCAACAAUAACCUCAUCUCCCAGGCGGCUGUGAUGCAGCGCCAUGGCGUCCCUAACGACAUUCUUUCGAAUCUCAAUCCUUUCGCUCUUUUGAUCUUUAUCCCGCUUAAUGAUUUCUUCAUUUACCCUGCCCUCAGAAAAGCUGGUUUCCGCUUCACCCCUAUCAAGAAGAUCACGGCCGGUUUCUUCACCGGAGCUGCUGCCAUGAUCUGGGCUGCAGUUGUCCAACACUACAUCUACCAGAAGUCCGAGUGUGGCAUGUAUGCUUCAGGUGACGACUGUGCAGAAGCCCCCAUCAACGUCUGGGCUCAAACUGGCAGUUAUGUUCUCAUUGCUCUCUCUGAAGUGUUCGCUUCUAUUACUUCUCUUGAGUAUGCCUUCUCAAAGGCUCCCAAGAACAUGCGGUCCAUGGUCCAGGCCGUGGCUCUUUUCAUGACAGCUUUCUCAGCUGCCCUUGGUCAGGCUCUUGUUGGUCUUGCAGCCGAUCCUCUUCUUGUCUGGAACUACGGCGUCGUCGCAAUCCUCGCCGUAAUUGCCGGGACAUGCUUCUGGCUACAAUUUAAAGACCUCGAUAUUCAUGAGGAUGAUCUCAAUGCCCUCCCUGAGGGUCAUGCUGGUGCAACUGCUGAUGAGGAGGCUCCGUUGGGGAGCAAGCGAGUUGAUGAGUAA